AUGUCGCGGAGGAAGCAAGCGAAGCCUCAACAUUUCCAAUCCGACCCCGAAGUGGCCUCGCUCCCCCGGCGAGAUGGAGACACAGAGAAGGGUCAACCCAACCGCACCCCUAAGAGCAAGGAUGCCCACGUCUGCGGCCGGUGCUGCGCCGAGUUCUUUGAAUUGUCAGAUCUUCUGCUCCACAAGAAGAACUGUACUAAAAACCAACUAGUUUUAAUUGUAAAUGAAAGUCCAGCGUCCCCGCCUGAAACCUUCUCCCCCAGCCCCACUCCGGAUCAUCCCGAGGAACAGAUGAACGACACGGCUAACAAGACAGAGCAAGGAGACUGCAGUGACCUGGCGGAACCCCACGGACCGGACAGGGAAGAGUCCAUGGAGGUGGAGGCCCCAGCGGCCAGCAAAGGCGCCAGCGACCCCCUGAGCAGCGGUGGCGACAGCAGUGCCCCCCCAAGCUGCAGCAGCGGCAGCUCCUGCCCAGGUACCUCAGCGAUCACAACCUCUCUACCUCAACUCGGGGACCUGACAACACUGGGCAACUUCUCUGUGAUCAACAGCAACGUCAUCAUCGAGAACCUCCAGAGCACCAAGGUGGCGGUGGCCCAGUUCUCCCAGGAAGCGAGGUGCAGUGGGGCCUCCGGAGGCAAGCUGGCCGUCCCGGCCCUGAUGGACCAGCUCUUAGCUCUGCAGCAGCAGCAGAUCCACCAGCUGCAACUGAUCGAACAGAUUCGUCACCAAAUAUUGCUGUUGGCUUCUCAGAACACAGACUUGCCAACAUCUUCUAGUCCUUCUCCAGGUACUGUACGAACAUCUGCCAACCCCUUGUCCACACUCAGCUCCCAUUUAUCUCAGCAGCUGGCGGCAGCAGCUGGGUUAGCACAGAGCCUCGCUAGCCAAUCUGCCAGCAUCAGCGGUGUGAAACAGCUCCCCCCCAUCCAGCUACCUCAGAGCAGUUCUGGCAACACCAUCGGUCCACCCCACAGCGGCUCUUCCCCCAGCGUUCACAUAUUGGCGGCGGCAGUUCCCACCCCCUCCUCGGAAAAAGUGGCUUCGAGCGCGGGUGCCUCCCAUGCCCAUGCCGGCAACCCCGCAGUCUCGGCAUCUUCCUCACCAGCUUUUGCAAUAAGCAGUCUAUUGAGUCCUGCAUCUAAUCCACUUCUACCUCAGCCGGCCCCUGCUAACUCGGUUUUCCCCAGCCCUUUGCCCAACAUCGGAACGACGGCAGAGGAUUUAAACUCCUUGUCUGCCUUGGCCCAGCAAAGAAAAAGCAAGCCACCAAAUGUCACUGCCUUCGAAGCAAAAAGCGCUUCGGACGAGGCCUUCUUCAAACACAAGUGCAGGUUCUGUGCGAAGGUCUUCGGAAGCGACAGUGCCUUGCAGAUCCACCUCCGUUCCCACACCGGAGAGAGGCCGUUCAAGUGCAACAUCUGCGGGAACAGGUUCUCCACCAAGGGGAACCUCAAAGUCCACUUCCAGCGCCACAAAGAGAAAUACCCUCAUAUCCAGAUGAACCCCUAUCCCGUGCCUGAGCAUUUGGACAACAUCCCGACCAGUACCGGCAUCCCCUACGGCAUGUCCAUUCCUCCAGAAAAGCCAGUCACCAGCUGGCUAGACACCAAACCGGUCCUGCCCACUCUGACCACUUCAGUCGGCCUGCCGUUGCCCCCGACCCUCCCAAGCCUCACCCCCUUCAUCAAGACCGAAGAGCCAGCCCCCAUCCCCAUCAGCCAUUCUGCCGCCAGCCCCCCGGGCUCCGUCAAAAGUGACUCCGGGGCUCCCGAGACGGCCUCGAGAAACCCGGGUGGGCUCCCAGAGGAAGCGGAAGGUUCCACUGGGCCCCCCUCCAGUGGCAAAAGCGAAGAGAGCAGCGUGGUCCCCAGCUCAGCCCCAACCGUGAGCACUGGCGUGCUGAGCUCCCUAGCGUCCGACGUUGGCCCAGGCAGUGCCUCGACUUUCACCAACCCUCUGUUGCCGCUCAUGUCCGAGCAGUUCAAGUCGAAGUUUCCUUUUGGGGGACUCUUGGACUCAGCCCAGGCCUCAGAGACAUCCAAGCUUCAGCAGCUGGUCGAAAACAUUGACAAGAAGGCCACUGACCCCAAUGAGUGUGUCAUCUGCCACCGGGUCCUCAGUUGUCAGAGCGCCUUGAAGAUGCACUACCGCACCCACACCGGGGAGAGGCCCUUUAAGUGUAAGAUCUGUGGCCGGGCCUUCACCACGAAAGGGAACCUGAAAACCCAUUACAGCGUCCAUCGUGCUAUGCCCCCGCUCAGAGUCCAGCAUUCCUGCCCCAUCUGCCAGAAGAAGUUCACGAACGCCGUUGUCCUACAGCAGCACAUCCGAAUGCACAUGGGGGGCCAGAUUCCCAACACCCCGGUCCCUGACAGCUACCCCGAGUCCAUGGAGUCUGACACGGGCUCCUUUGAUGAGAAAAAUUUUGAUGACCUAGACAACUUCUCCGAUGAAAACAUGGAAGACUGUCCUGAGGGCAGCAUCCCGGACACGCCCAAGUCCGCGGAUGCGUCCCAAGACAGCCUGUCUUCCUCGCCUUUGCCUCUAGAGAUGUCGAGCAUCGCUGCUUUGGAAAAUCAGAUGAAGAUGAUCAACGCGGGCCUGGCAGAACAGCUGCAGGCCAGCCUGAAGUCAGUGGAGAACGGGUCGGUCGAGGGGGACGUCCUGACCAACGAUUCGUCCUCGGUGGGUGGUGACAUGGAGAGCCAGAGUGCUGGCAGCCCGGCCAUCUCAGAGUCUACCUCCUCCAUGCAGGCUCUGUCCCCAUCCAACAGCACCCAGGAGUUCCACAAGUCACCCAGCGCCGAGGAGAAGCCACAGAGAGCAGGGGCAAGCGACUUUGCCAAUGGCUUGUCUCCCACCCCAGUGAACGGUGGGGCUUUGGAUUUGACAUCUAGUCACACAGAGAAAAUCAUCAAAGAAGAUUCUCUGGGGAUCCUCUUCCCUUUCAGAGACCGGGGUAAAUUUAAAAACACUGCUUGCGACAUUUGUGGCAAAACCUUUGCUUGUCAGAGUGCCUUGGACAUUCACUACAGAAGUCAUACCAAAGAGAGACCAUUUAUUUGCACAGUCUGCAAUCGUGGCUUUUCCACCAAGGGUAAUUUGAAGCAACACAUGUUGACACAUCAGAUGCGAGAUCUACCAUCACAGCUCUUUGAGCCCAGUUCCAACCUUGGCCCCAAUCAGAACUCGGCGGUGAUUCCCGCCAACUCGUUGGCGUCUCUCAUCAAGACAGAGGUCAACGGCUUCGUGCAUGUGACGACUCAGGACAGUAAGGACACCCCCACCAGUCACGUCCCUUCUGGGCCUCUGUCAUCGUCCGCCACGUCCCCAGUUCUGCUCCCAGCUCUGCCCAGGAGGACCCCCAAACAGCACUACUGCAACACGUGUGGCAAGACCUUCUCCUCGUCGAGCGCCCUGCAGAUUCACGAGAGAACUCACACUGGAGAGAAACCCUUUGCUUGCACUAUUUGUGGAAGAGCUUUUACAACAAAAGGCAAUCUUAAGGUACACAUGGGCACUCACAUGUGGAACAGCGCCCCUGCCCGCCGGGGUCGCCGGCUCUCCGUGGACGGCCCCAUGACAUUCCUAGGAGGCAAUCCCGUCAAGUUCCCAGAAAUGUUCCAGAAGGAUUUGGCGGCCAGGUCAGGAAGUGGGGACCCUUCCAGUUUCUGGAAUCAGUAUGCAACAGCGCUCUCCAAUGGGCUGGCGAUGAAGGCCAACGAGAUCUCGGUCAUUCAGAACGGCGGCAUCCCUCCAAUUCCUGGAAGCCUGGGCAGCGGGAGCAGCUCACCUAUUAGUGGGCUGACGGGAAACCUGGAGAAGCUCCAGAACUCAGAGCCCAGUGCGCCCCUGGCUGGCUUGGAGAAGAUGGCAAGCAGCGAGAAUGGAACCAACUUCCGUUUCACCCGCUUCGUGGAAGACAGCAAAGAGAUCGUCACAAGUUAA